GAACAUGUCGCAGAGAUUGAGACUUCAAAUUCGUCAAGCCUUGGCUAUUCUCAUUUUUUUUGCAACCAGCCCCAGCCCGUCCCAGUGGACGAUGUAGAUACAAAAAAAUCACAGAAAUUGUUGAAGUACAUGGCCGCUGCUUCCUCUCAUCUCGACCAGGAGGAGCCUGUCGUCAGCAGGUGUUGCGUUCUUGUGCGGUGGUAUUUAAACCAGCUGGCACAACAAACAUAGAAGUUGUAAGCGGAGGACGUGGACGGUAGCUGCAAGAGCACAGUAGGAUCAGAAAAAAUUAUGUCACUACCUGCUUCUACUUCCACAGCGGCGAGCACAACUUCUUAUUUGUCGCCUGUGCCGCCGCCGGGAACAAAUUUCGAAAAGAAUGACACGUUGUUGACAACAUCCCAAAUCAAAGAUAAUGAUAAAAGUUCCUCGCCUUCCACAAAAAUUUUCGCAAUCACCGCCUUCACGCUUGCCGCCGGGGUGGUAGGUUUUCGAAGAAAAAUAUGGGAGUGUCACCAGGAUUGAAAUCAACAAAGUUGAAAUAACUUGCAAUGCAUAAAAUCGAUACCAGUUGGAGGCCCAAUUUCUAAGCGGUGCAUGACAAAUUUGGGCGCCGUCUAAAUCCAGUUUGUCAUGCUGUUUAGGGAUAGAGCGCGUGGUCUUUCUCUUUUGUCAUGCUUCUUUAGCAGCUGUAUCGCAGACCCCAAACAGGCUGACCCUGACAGUCGGCCACCUCGCUUGCCAUCCCUGCAAGACAGUCACUUCGUGCCUUGCAUUUUAUGCAUGACAACUUUGUCGAUUCCAAACCUGACGCUUCCACAAAAAAGAGCGGAGCUGGUCCGCGAAAUCGCCCAGAAGGAGGGGUAUGGAUAUGGUGAGGGUAGAAGGCCACUGGGGAGCAAAAAUCACGUGACCAUCACGCGGGGGGGUGCUGGAGGUGGAUCACAACAUCAGACGCCUUCUUGUUCUUGGCCCACGAUGUUGACAAGGAAGACACAGGUCCUCGUGAAUACCGCACCAAAUACAACAACUUCACCACAGCCUGCGCAGCUGCCUACUGGGGUACUAGUAGAUGGAACAAGUGGAACAAAAAUGGCCGCGGGGAGCUCGGAAGUAGAGGCGCAAGCGGUCUCGACGUUGUCCAAGCGGCACGAAGUGCGACGACAUGAUUCGAGAGGACUCGUCCAAUUAUUACACGGCCUGCUUCCCUUUUCGAACCUGAUUCACAGCUACCGGAAGAGAAGGCAAGGGAGGGUCGUCCCUGGAAGGAGUGCAGAAAGACCUACUGCGGCGGCUACUGGAAGAACUGUCGGAGGUCAUCUUCCUUUAUCAACAGAGUGCCUACAACAACCCUUUCGCUUUCCCCUGUAAUUGUAAAUUUUAAUUUACCUUGCGCGACGUACCACUGAAAAUGUCCACCCUGUAUGACAAAGUCGUUUCUACUAUCGUAGCUUACCAAGUAUGACAAGGCUCUUUAUGGUCCUUGUCGAGGUUACUGAACUUAUUUCUGUGAUGUAUUUUGUUUUUGUAUUUGUACGUGUGUUUGUGCGGGGGCAAACAAAACCAAUGUAGAUUUGUGCUGCAUAUGAUCCCACUGUAGAGGACCACGUUCACCAGCAUCUUGGUAGUAUACCUUCCUACACAGACGACGACUUUGACGAUGACUGUGCCAUGCUCCUGAACAUCGGAAAUAACAACAUCCAGCAGGAACAGCAACUUCUCCAGCUACAAAGAAAAAGCAGUGCACACCCCUACGGAGCAGCCAGAGCUUCUACAUCAACAUCAGCGGCGCAGGAGCCUCCCAACAAACUAGACUUUCGUGUGUCCGCAGUUUUGACGCCAGGGGAGAUCGUUAUCGGACGAGUUGUUUUUCUUUAGGUGACAUUUCGGCAACGUGGAAACAGUUUCCUUGCCCUGUCCGUCGAGUACGAGUAUGAUUCCAUCAAAUAAUAAUGUCGCCAAUUGGCUCUUUCUUGGCACGAGCAGCAUCGUUUCGAUUGCUAGGCAGAGCUGCAUGACACCUGCAUCCGGCCUCCACAUAGGUGAUGCAGUUUGUGGUUGUUCUUAUUGUUCCUGUCGAGUGGAAGUGCACCAGGUGCAACCAAUGUAUGAUGUGGAGGUCGUGUGUAAACUAGUUUGCUCUCGCUGGGCCGCGUUAUGCAUUGCAAGUUUCCCCCGUGGUUAUGACAGUGUUCUAGCUGCAUCAGGCUGAGAUCGUAGAAGCCACCCCCACAUCAGCUUGGGGGACAGAAAGAUUUUCCGGUUGCAAAAAUCCACAUCAUGACCACUUCUCGAGAUUUCGGAUUCGGAUUUUGUUUCCACUGCGACGUUUUGCCACCUAACGCUUCACCUUCCAUAACCACUUACCUGCUUCUCGUAUGAAAAACUCAAAAUGAGUUGUGUCGAGCCCGAAGUCAUAGCUUGCCAGUCUGCAUGAAAUCAAAUUUGUCAUGCCAAGGACUUUAUUAGCUGUUGUUGGGUUUAUUGCGCGGGUCUGCGGAUGAACAAGAUAUUUUUUUUUUAUAGAAUUAUCCCUAUGUCCUUCCAGGAUGGGGCGCGCAGGCGCCCCAGCCGAAGCCGGCCUCCAACGUGAGGAGCGCAGUUUUUCGUUUUUUUCGUUCAAAAUACAAGUGUGGGAGUCUGCGUAAUUUUCUAAAAUCGCCCCAGAAUUACGUUUUCUCUCAGCCGCUAGCGUGCAGGGGCCCGUCCCAGCCGAAGCCGGCCUCCAACACGAAGAGCGCGCUUUUUCGUUUUUUCCGUACAAAAUACAAAUGUGAAAGUCUGCGUAAUUUUCUAAAAUCGACCCAGAAUUACGUCUCGUCUCAGCCGCUAGCGUGCAGGCGCGCGCCCGCUCCAGCCGAAGCCGGCCUCCAAUGCGAGGAGCGUCGGUUUUCAUUUUUUUUCUUGCUAAUUCGAAAAUGUUUUGCCUCAGCCGCUUUUCGUGCGAAGGCGCCACCGACAAAGCCGUCCGCAGAACACACAGGAGAGAAGGUAGUUGACUUUUCAUUUUUAUUUUCGGCCAAUUUGCAUUGGGUCGAUUCUGGCAAAUUCUGAUAAAAAAACUUUGUCCAUGAAAAGGACGAGCCGGCUUUUUUUCUCAAACAUUGGUCGUGACGCGAAUAUCAAUAUUCUAUAGCAUAAAAAUUACAAGGGCAGACACAUCAACGCCUUUUGCAACUCCUGGACACCUCACACCGGCGUGUUUCCUGGGGUUUGCUGGGAUGACCUCGAUGCUUGC